CACUAGUCUGAAGGAUUUUAUCGCAUAGCUGCCUGCCAAUUCCAAUCUUUCAUGCAAUGCAGCAUGAACCUCCCCAUUUUGGUGUUUUAGUCUUUUUUUCAGUAUUGUGUAAGACCUCCUCGAGCUUCAUUUCUUUGCUAAACUUUCAGACGGCACUCAAGUGUAUUCUAACAUGGCAAUGUCACAUCAAGUGAACCACAUGGGACUGCUGCUCCUCUUAUUGGUGGUGGCAUCAUCAGCGCAAGAUACCUGUCUGGCCCCUCCUGGCAUUCAUGGGUCCCCUGGCCAGCCUGGAAUGCCUGGGGCAUCUGGUAAAAAUGGCAGGGAUGGCUUACCUGGAAGGAAAGGAAACCCAGGUCCCCCUGGAGCAGCUGGUAUGGCUGGCCAUAAAGGACAGAAAGGGGAGCAAGGCUUCGAGGGUACGACUGGAAAAGUGGGACCUGAAGGUGAAAGAGGAGAGAAAGGAGAAAAGGGCGCAAUGGGGGAAAAGGGACAAAAAGGAGAGGUUGGAGACCACACAAGUACCUUGAAGUCAGCCUUUUCCAUGGCCAGGAGCACAAAUAUGAGCCCAAGAAAAAAAAUUCCGAUAAAGUUUGAUAAACUGAUAACCGAUGAACAAAGAAACUUUAUGCCAAGAACAGGAAAGUUCCAGUGUCAGAUACCAGGCUUGUAUUAUUUCACAUAUCAUGCAACUUCCAAGGGGAACCUCUGUAUCAACAUUAUGCUCAAUACGGUAAAGCAGGUUGGUUUCUGUGAUCAGGCGUACAAUACUUUCCAGGUGAGUUCAGGGGGAGUCGUCCUUAAACUGAAGCAAACUGAUUUAGUUUAUCUUGAAGUGACAGAAUCCAAUUCAAUGCUGGGAGUGGAGGGAGCUGACAGUGUCUUCAAUGGAUUCCUCAUAUUCCCAGAUUAGAUCACCAACUGGAAGAUGACAUAGCAUUACAGCUGAAUGUUGUAUUUGAUUGGAGUUUUAUCUACAGCAGAGCUGUUGAGACUUGUAGUAAAUAGCCAAGAUUUUGAAAUGACACCAUAUGAUACCAGCUUACACCUAACACAUGUGUCUGAAAUGCCUCUCCGCUUUAUUUUAAUAGGGAUGCUAAUCCAUUUAAAAUAAAAAGGUUAGAGCCCUUGGCAAAGGGAGAUUUCAGUCGAAUGUGUCACCAUUUAUAGAAGCUACUGUCUCCUAUCUUGUGACACACUGUUUCCAGGUCUCAGCAAUUAGAGACUGUAAUAAUUCUGCUUUGAUCAUUUAUGUAGUUGCCCUUUUAUGAUUUUCAAGAAAAUGUGUAAUAGAUCAUGUUUUGAAUUUGCUGAAGAUCGUGUGUCAUCCGUGUCUGAAUUUCACUUGUAUUCUCUUAGAGGACAUGUAGUCAGAUCAUUAAAUCAAUUCCACACUUAGUUGUAGCCCUUCAUUUGCCUUUAACAAUACAGGUCAAUGUGCCUCGAAGUAAAAAUACAUCAAUUUCAAGAUAUAAAUUUGAGUACUGCUGCAAAAAGAGAAAUGAUAAAGCUUUGUCUUGCACUUCAACAAGCUUAGACAUGUCUGUUUCUUUAUUUCAGCAAUACUCAAGUCUGUACCAGCAAAUGACUAUUAAUAUGUAAAUGACUUUGCUUUAGCAAUCAGUGUUUAACAAUGCACCAAUGUAACAAAGUAUUUUGGAACAGCCUGCUGAUGUAAACAAAGGCUUCUGUAUAUGUUUUUAAAACUUAAAUAAAGCUAAUCACUUGA